UUCCGGCUGUGUCAGGGACAGCGCAGCGACAAAUGACUUCCGCUGCUGCGCAGUCGUGCCUGACGAAGGGCACUGUGCAGCCCUGCUUACGCGGCGACUCCCGGUCUGCCCACCAGUUCGCCUCAGAGUCCGCCAGCCUUCCCCUCCCUCUCCCCGCCCAUCCACUCCGUAGCUGGCGGCUAGGGGCUCCCGCGGUCGCCUGUUGGUGACAAGUUUAGGGCUGGAUGCUGCUCGCAAUGUGCCCAGAUAUCAGACCCCUGCCCCGCUGGGCUCUGCAGAUGGACCCGCCCCACGCUCCACUCUGGGGACGCUGACACCCUCAUCUGGUCAGCUUGAAGCUCGUUUGUUCCGGGUUGCUCAUUCCCGGCGCCGCUGCACCCCUCCUCACGCCCGCCUUUGGCCUGUAGCCUGAGUCACUUACCCCAAUAUGCCCCACCAGGACCACCUCCUGCCAUGGCUCCCGCUGCGCUGCGCCCUCACCAAGACCUGUUUCCUACUUUUCUUUGCUGAUUUUCUGAGAGCCUGUCCUGGAGCUAGCCCUUGUGUUCUUAAAUCUCUUCUGGACAUCCUUCCACUCCUGUGACAAGGAAUUACUCUAUCCACAAAUAGUGGGCUGUAGUGGGCUGUGAAACGGCCACGUAGUGUCCAGGUGGAAGAAGAAGUGCCUACAGGAAGAUAGUAGGGUCUGGAACCAGAUGCAAGGGCAAGUGCUAUUGAAAAGCACAUCUCCACUGAUCUAGAAGAGGUCUUUAUCUGGUUUGGAAAGCAGAGUCAGCAACUAUUGUGCUGUGUCUUUAAGAAGAGGCUCUCCCUAUGGGAGGUGCACUUGUCACUCAGGCAUUAGUAGCCAAUCAGACCCUCCAGGUAGCUUGCCAGUCAGAAGUGGAGGACUCUUCCUGGUUCCUGCUUGGCAGUGAAGUGGAACUGGAACCAGUCGUGUGUGCUGAUUAAAACUCCUCCAGGAAACCGCGUGGAGCGCUUGCGAAAGCUAGGAAACCGCGACAUGAAUGUCUGGCAGACUCUUCUGUGAAACAGGAAUCCCAAAGCAUUGUUCUGCCUUGUUUUGAAAAUGUUCAGCAAUCACUUUCCUGUUGGACCUGUAUGUAAAAUCUGCACAGCACACUGUUGAGCAGCCCAAAGUAGUAGCAGGUUUUCUUCAACCAGUGAUUAGGCUUGCCAGAAUGAAAGCAACUCCAGUGGAGAUUCUUCAAUACCCAUCAUCUUUUAAGCAAAAUGCAGUGACCUAUGAUGAUGUGCAUAUUGAUUUCACUUGGGAAGAGUGGACUUUGCUGAAUCCUUCCCAAAAGAAUCUCUACAAAGAUGUUAUGCUGGAGACCUACAGGAACCUUACUAUUAUAGGAUACAGUUGGGAAGACCGUAAUAAUGAAAAUCAUUCCCAAUGGUCUGGAAGAUGUGAAAGGCAUGAAGGAAUUCACACUGGAGGAAAAACUGCCAUAUACCAUCAAAGUAUUAAAGCCAUUGCAUGUGACAGUGAUCUUCAAAGGCAUAAAAGAACUAAUCCUAGCGAGAAAUCAUAUGAGUAUAAGCAAUGUGUGAAGCCCUUUGCAUGUCCCAAAAGACAUCAAAAUUAUAAAAGAACAUAUACUGGAGAGAAACCAUUUGAAUGUUAUCACUGUGGUAAAGCCUUUGCAUAUCAUAGUCGUCUUCAAAGACAUAAAAGAAUACAUACUGGAGAGAAACCCUAUGAAUGUAAUCAGUGUGGUAAAGCCUUUGCAUGUCGCAGUCGUCUUCAAAUGCAUGAAAGAACACAUACUGGAGAGAAACCUUAUGAAUGUACUCAGUGUGGUAAAGCCUUUGCAUAUCGCAGUGGUUUUCAAAGACAUAAAAGAACACAUACUGGAGAGAAACCCUAUGAAUGUAAUCAGUGUGAUAAAGCCUUUGUAUGUCACAGUGGUCUUCAAAUGCAUAAAAGAACACAUACUGGAGAGAAACCUUAUGAAUGUACUCAGUGUGGUAAAGCCUUUGCAUAUCACAGUGAUCUUCAAAGGCAUAAAAGAAUACAUUCUGGUGAGAAGCCCUUUGAAUGUAAUCACUGUAGUAAAGUCUUUGCACGUCACAGUUAUCUUGAAAUACAUGAAAGAACACAUACUGGAGAGAAACCCUAUGAAUGUAAUCAGUGUGGUAAAAGCUUUGCAAGUCAAAGUUGUCUUUACAUUCAUAAAAGAACACAUACUGGAGAGAAACCAUAUAAAUGUAAUCAGUGUGAUAAAGCCUUUACAUAUCCCAGUGUUCUUCAAAGGCAUAAAAGAACACAUUCUCUAAAGAAACCCUAUGAAUGUAACCAGUGUGGUAAAGUUUUUUCAUGUAUCAGUACACUUCAAACCCAUGUAAGAACACAUACUGGAGAGAAACCCUAUGAAUGUAAUCAGUGUGGUAAAGCCUUUUCAAGUCAGGGUUAUUUUCACAUUCAUAAAAGAUCACAUACUGGAGAAAAACCCUAUGAAUGUAUUCAGUGUGGUAAAGCCUUUGUAUGUCACAAAAAUCUCCAAAUACAUGAAAGAACCCACACUGGAGAGAAACCCUAUGUAUGUAAUCAGUGUUGUAAAGCCUUUGCAUGUAAUAGUCAUCUUCGAUUGCAUAAACAAACACAUACAGGAGAGAAACCCUAUGAAUGUGAUCAGUGUGGUAAAGCAUUUGCAUGUCACGGUGAUCUUCAGAGGCAUAAAAGAACACAUAAAGGAGAGAAACCCUUUGAAUGUAAUCAAUGUGGUAAAGCCUUUACACGUCAUAGUCAUCUUCAAAUACAUAAAAGGACACAUACAGGAGAGAAACCCUAUGAAUGUAAUCAGUGUGAUAAAGCAUUUGCAUAUCACAGUGCUAUUAAAAGGCAUAAAAAAACACAUACUGGAGAAAAACCCUUUGAAUGUAAUCAGUGUGGUAAAGUCUUUGUACAUCGCAUCCAUCUUCAAAAACAUAAAAGAAUGCAUAAUGAAGAGAAAACUUAUGAAUGCAAUCAAUGUCCUAAAGCCUUAGGAUAUCACAGUGGUCUUCAGCAGCAUAAAGGAACUCUUACUUGAGAGAAACCCUAUGAAUGUAGUCAGUGUGGGAAAGCCUUUACACACGAAAGUAAUCUUGUAAAUAAAAGAAUACAUACUGGAGAGAAACCCUAUAAAUGUGAUCAAUGAGAUAAAGCCUUUGGAUAUCGCAAUGUUCUUCAAAGGCAUCAAAUAACACAUACUGGAGAGAAACCCUAUGAAUGUAAUCAGAUCGGAAAGCCUUUGAAUGUCAUGGUCACCUUCUGAUGCAUAAAAGAGCACAUACUUGACAGAAACCCUAUUAACGUACUUCGUGUGGUAAAGUCUUUUAAUGUCACAACCAUCUCCUUAUACAUAUGAGAGCCCACACUGGAGAGAAAACCUUACUAAUCAGUGUGAUAAAGCUUUGCUUGCAAUAGUUAUUUUCAAAUGUAUAUAAUCAAUAAUAUAAAGUCUUCAUAUGUCACAGUCAUUUUUAAAUGCAUAAAAGAACAUAUACCUUAAAGAAAUCCAUGAAUGUAAUCAGUGUGGUAAAUUCUUUGCGUAUCAGUGAUCUUUGAAGGCAUAAAAGAACAUAUGCUAGAGAGAAAUUCUAUGGAUGUAUUUAGUGUGUUACAGAAUUUAAUGUCACAAUAGUUUCUGAAUACAUUAAAGAAUCUGUAUUGGUGAGAAAA